AUGGUGAUCGCGAACGACGCGCUUGCGCGGGUGCGUUCGCUCGGUGGGGGCGUCGCGCGUCGCGCGGGACGGCGCGCGCGCGCGGGGCGACGCGGAGACGGUCGGGUGCGCGCGAGGGGUGAUGAUUUCCCGAGCUUUUUCCCGCCCGAGGUGCGCGAGCUCACGGAACCGGCGGCGAUCGAGAUGGCGAAGCGGUGCGAGAUGGUGACGGUGCGCGUUCCGGGACGCGCGGUGGCGAUCGAGACGUCGUGCGUGCGUGAUGAAGGGCCGGAUGGUUCGAGCGCGCCGCCGUUCGUGCUCCUGCACGGGUUCGACUCGUCGUGUUUGGAGUAUCGACGAUUGUUGCCGAAAUUGGCGACGCGGGCGGAGACGUGGGCGAUCGAUUUGUUGGGGUGGGGGUUCACGGACGCCGGGGACGGCGGCGUGGGCGAUUAUUCCCCGGAGGCGAAGCGGGCGCACUUGUACGCGUUUUGGAAGGAAAACGUGAAACGGCCGAUGGUGCUGUGCGGGGCGUCUCUGGGAGGGGCGGCUGCGAUCGAUUUCGCGACGAAUCAUCCCGAGGCGGUGGAGAAGUUGGUUUUGAUCGACGCGCAGGGGUUCAUCGAGGGGCUGGGGCCGAUGGGGGCGCUACCUCGUCCAAUCGCAAAGGUUGGCGUAAAUGUGUUGCGAACGGUGCCGCUGCGAAGCGCCGCGAAUCAGUUGGCGUAUUACGAUAAGGCGACGUACGCCACGGAUGACGCGCUACGUGUCGGUCGAUUGCACACAUUUGCGCCGCAAUGGUGCGAUGCGACGCUGUCGUUCAUGAAAUCCGGCGGUUUCAAAGUUCGCAACUCCAUCCCAAAGGUUCCCGUGGAGACGCUCGUCGUGUGGGGACGCGACGACAAUAUUCUAGAGCCUAGCUACGCAGAUAAGUUCAUGUCGGAACUCCCAAACGCGCGGAUGGUGUGGGUGGAGAAUUGCGGGCACGUCGCGCAUCUAGAACAACCUGAUUUCCUGUGCGAGACGCUCUUUGAUUUCGUUGGCAGCGCCAAGGAAACUGAGCGGGUGACAGCGUAG